AUGAAUUCUUCAUCUGUUUCAGUUAGCUGGAGAGGAGAGGGUUGUAGCUUUGUGUCUGGAUCUUGUAUUCAUUUCAGAAAAGAUUUUAAUGGGGCUGAUUUUCAACAAUGUCUACUGAAAGGAACCAAUAGAAUUUGGUUAAAGCAAUUGGAAGAGUCCAGGGUUAGGCAUGCAAAUAGACUUCAUAUCAAUGCCAGGAUCAAAAAAGGGCAGAAACAUGAGUAUCCAUGGCUAAAUGAUAUUGAUCCAAAUUUGGAAAGUGGGCAUUUGAGAUACUUAUCUCAUUUCAAGUCUCUUACCGAGAAGCCAAAACCGGUGACCCUUUCGUUUGAGAAGCCAUUGGUUGAUCUAGAGAAAAAGAUCAUUGAUGUUCGCAAAAUGGCUAAUGAGACUGGUCUGGACUUCAGUGGUCAAAUUAGUUUAUUGGAAAGCAAGUAUCAGCAGGCCCUUAAAGAUCUAUACACCCACCUAACUCCAAUUCAGCGCUUAAAUAUCGCUCGACAUCCCAACAGGCUGACAUUUCUUGACCAUGUUUUGAAUAUCACUGAUAAGUGGGUGGAGCUCCAUGGAGAUCGUGCAGGUUAUGAUGAUCCUUCCAUUGUUACUGGUAUUGGUAGUAUCGAUGGACGAAAGUCAUACAUGUUUAUAGGUCACCAGGAAGGCAGAAACAUGAAAGAGAAUAUUCAACGAAAUUUUGGGAUGCCAACACCACAUGGUUAUCGAAAGGCUUUGCGGAUGAUGAGAUAUGCUGAUCACCAUGGGUUUCCCAUAAUCACUUUUAUUGACACACCUGGUGCAUUUGCCGAUCUCAAAUCUGAAGAGCUUGGUCAAGGAGAGGCAAUAGCUCACAAUUUGAGGGAAAUGUUUGGUCUAAAGGUUCCAAUUGUGGCGAUUGUUAUUGGUGAAGGUGGAUCUGGCGGUGCUCUUGCAAUUGGCUGUGCAAACAAAUUGUUCAUGUUGGAGAAUGCUGUCUUCUUUGUUGCAAGUCCAGAAGCAUGUGCUGCCAUUUUGUGGAAGACUUCCCAGGCAGCUCCUAAGGACAGUGACCCGAAGAUCACAGCAGCGGAACUAUGUAAGAUCAAAAUUGCAGAUGGAGUUAUUCCAGUAAUUCACAGGGAACCACUAGGGUGGUGCACUGGCGAUCCAUCUUGGACUUCGAAACAAAUAAAGGCUACGAUCUCAAAGGCAAUGGAGGAGCUUGGACAAAUGGAUGUCGAUGCUUUACUUAAUCAUAGACAUCUUAAGUUCCGUGCACUUGGGGGGUUCCUUGAAGGUGCUGUGGUGGAACCAGAGAGGAAGCGUAACAUGAAGAAGAAGGAAGCUGACAUUUCUAAAGUUACUGCUGACAUAGAAGUGAAAAUUGGGAACCUCAAGAAGGCAGCAAUUGAGGCCAAGGGUAAAUCUCUAGGUCCUACUAUACACGAUGAGGCUAUAGAGAAGCUAAGACAAGAUGUCGAUAAGGAAAUCACCAAUGCUUUCAUUGCAAUGGGCCUGCAAGAGAAGCUGGAGGCUGUCAAGAUGGAGCUCUUCAAAUUCUCCUCAAACGCAAAGGAUCAGACCUUUAAUCCUGUAUUGAAAGAAAAGGUUGAUUGGCUAGUUCAAGAGUUCAACCUCAAUCUUUCCCGCCCAGGAUCAUUCCUUGGUUUAAAAGCGGAAAGCUUGAGACAUUGUCGGGAGUUGGCGGGUUGGUGGACCCAGGAGGAAGAAGGGCGACACACUAAAGAAGGUGAUCAACAAAGAAACUUAGAGGUCGGGGUAAAAGAAAGAUGGAAAGCAUUGAAAUUGGCGCAACAGAGGUUUGACAGCGGUGAAAGCUGGGUGAGGAUUUCAUUAAGGAGGUGA